CCUGUGAGAUGUGUCUCAUACCUGCAGCAACAUACACACACAAUAAAAGUGUAGUUAACCACUGCUGAGAGACUCAAAAAAUGGAAGUUUGUCUGAUUUGUCAUUCAUAUAUUUAUUCAAUAAGGUAUCUCAUAAAAUCAUUUUUACAUAAGUUUGUCAGUUUUAGGAAAACUCAAAUUCUCCCACCACUGAGUUUUAAAUUGUGAGAUCUCUAUUGUUUCUGAUUCUGUCUUUAGUAAACAGUGGUCCUAAAAUAAGCUCCUGUCUCUCAUCUGAUUAAUGAUUAAUUACACUUUUAUUUCCUGUGCAACCUACAAGAAGCAACUUUAAUUCUUCUCCCCCCAUAAACCAGCGUCACUUGAGGGGAAACGGCAAUUUAAAACCUGGUUUUAUUUCAUGAGCGAGAUUCCAAAGUCCACAUACCUGCAUGUUCUGUGACUGAUCUAUGUUGCAGCAAGUUCCUCCAGGAUUAUGAAGGAGUCAAUGUGAGCAUGCUCAUCAUUGUCCGCAAAAACUCAGGACCAGUCCAAUUUGGAGCGAGUAAGCCAAGAGGCUUGUUGUAAGAAUGAGCCAACAGCACAAAAAUAUCUCUGCGAUGCCAGGACGGCAACGUGCUUCUGCAAACGUGUUAAGAAUAGACCGACAAUAGAGCGUGCGCCUGUCUUCUGUUUUCUGGCAACAGGCGUUUGGCUGCAAAGGGCAGAUGAAGAAGUAAGACGGAGCACGUCAUUUGGUCUGUCAAACUUGGUUUGUUGGAGUCGGUCAGGAAGGAUUUCAACCUUAAGGACUGGGCACACUGAGCUCCAGCUGACCUUUGGCGGGAAUGGUAGAGGUGGAAGAUGGAUGAGCUGAAAAAUGUAGAGUGAAGUGUCACCUGCAGGACUUUUUCAACUUUAUUUUGAGAGUUUUUAGAGCAUUAGGCCGAGUAACCAUGGUAGAAUCAAGUGUCUCUGAGGUCCUCUUUAUCUCUGUCAGUCACAGCAUCACUUUGAUGGGUAAGUCGAUUUCUCUUGUCUUUAUAUCGCUUAAACAAUCUGGAUGUUUUAGGCUUCAAUGAAGUAAUGUCAACGUAACCAUUUUCAAAGGUUGUGUUUCUUCUCAUAUUAGUGUUUUGAUUUAUUUAUUUCACAGGAAAGGUGUGGCUCAUUGUAAUGCUCUUCCUCCGGGUCCUGAUCCUCCUCUUUGCUGGAUACCCUCUGUACCAGGACGAACAGGAGAGAUUCGUCUGUAACACCAUCCAACCCGGUUGUGCAAACAUCUGCUAUGAUCUUUUCUCGCCCGUUUCCCUCUUCCGUUUCUGGCUGGUGCAGCUCGUCGCCUUGUGUCUGCCUUACGUCAUCUUUGUCAUCUAUGUCAUCCACAAGGUGUGCAACGCUCUCUCCGUGGCUCUGAACUCAACCGGACAUGCCAAAGCUUUCCAACUCUUCAAGGUCCACAAGGAGCAGUUCAACAAGAUGUGUGUGAACAAGGUGCCAGUGGCAGUUGAGCAGAGAGGGGGGCUGCGGUGCUUCACAGGGGCCUACAUCCUCCAUCUGCUGUUCCGGACGCUGUUGGAAGCCGGAUUUGGGGCCGCUCAUUAUUACAUGUUCGGGUUCUACAUCCCCAGGAGAUUCCUGUGCCAGCACGCUCCGUGCACCACUCAGGUGGACUGCUACAUCUCCAGGCCCACCGAGAAGACGGUUAUGCUCAACUUCAUGCUCGCUGUGGCCGCUCUGUCCCUUUUCCUCAAUGUUCUGGAUUUCAUUUGGGCCGUCAAGCGAUCGCUGAAGCACAACACCAAGAGGAAGAUGACGGUUGAGAAAAUAUUUGAAGAGGAGCGCUGCUUCCUCUCUGCCGGUGUGGCAUCCACUUGCAGAGAUCCUAGCACAUCCACUACUCAGCAAGAUAUAGAGGCCCAAUCCGAGAAAAUGGAAAGUUUCAGGAAGAGGCACGGGAGUGGUGGGAAAUUUCAUUCAAGUCCGAAGGCGUCCAUCCUGGGGCAUUGCGCGCACCCGUGCUCUUCAGAGCCUCUGUGCUGCAACAGUGGUAACAAAGACAUUUUGAUCUCCCAAGAGGAAGUUCUGGAGAGGAAUGGCAGCGAGGUCGCCCUCUGCCCCCAGGAGACCAUAGGGACGCCAAGGCCCAUUAGAGUCAGCAAACGCAACAAACUUAAACCCCCACCUCCACCCAGGCUGGACCUCAAACCACCCUCUGGGGAAUCUGUAGCACCGGUCAAGGAUGUUUCCAUGACAACUUCAGUCUGUACCCGGAGAGUGGGUCAGUAUUCGCUGUUUGAACUUGGAAAUGGUAUUGAGCCUCAAAGCGGUGAAGGUGGUCAGGAGAAAAGAUCAGAGUGGGUGUGAGCUUUAGGCACACAUUACUGUAGUUCCCCGUACUACAGCAAUGUGUUUUUCCUUUAAACCCAGGCUGCUGUUUAGUUUGAGAAUCUGAAAUGGAGACAUAAACAUCAGACACAACACAUCAUAAUUAGAGAUGCACCAAUCAGAAUGGGCUGCUGCUUUCUGCACUCCAAACAAGUCAGUCGUGAACCACUGCAGAAGUACAAAAUUACUAAAUAACCUUGAGUCUUUUUCACUUCAUACGCCUAUAAAAGAAUUUGAGCACUUGUAUGACCUGGUAGUUGUUAUGCAUGAUGUGUUUACUGAUUGGGAAAAAAUUAAUCUUUCCUUUUCUAGCUGCCUGGACACUGGUUAGGGGUGAUCAAGUUGGAAAUUGUUUUUUUUUUUUUUAGUGCCGCUCUAAUCAUAAUCCAUUUUGUUGCUUUUUUUUAUUAUUUGCUCUCUCUCUUAGGGUACGUGCUCUGUGACGCUACGACAAAAAUCCUCCUACCUCCUGAAUCAAAGUUAGCAAUGACAGAAGAGUUUUGAAUAAGGCGUCUUUGAGCAAGCGUCGUUCUUGGGGGGUAUUAAAGAUUUAAAAGAAAAAAAAAAACCCUACAAGAAUGCAGCCCACCUGUUUGUUUCCAUACAGAUUUUACCCCCAACACUGUCCACAACAAAGCCGAGUCUUGACCUGGACUCAGUUCGCUCCCCCGUCUCAAAUCCCUCCAUAUGAUUCCCAACAUAGAUAGCCCUGCUUUUGAGCAUGGAUCAGUGAGGUCAAAGUCCACCGGACCAGGUCAGAUGGUUCAACUAAAACGAGAGGCAAUGCCGUCACCUGGCCCAUACAUGGAAAGAGAGUCCUCCUGCAAAGUGAAGGACACUACGAAGGCCCCUAAAAGCUGACAUAGGAUCACUAAGUAAUUAUGCUCCCCCGUAGGGGCCCAGUAUUUACGGCGACAGCUUGUCACUCUAUUUCAGGGCCUCCGAGGGAUCAAGAGGACCACAAACAUCAGCACACUUCCACACUGGAAAUAGAGGAGAGUUAGCUGUUGCCCCCGCAGGAUCUCUGCGCUCUGCUUCGGCUUUAGUUUCACCUUGAUCGAAGCCGAAAUUAAUUUUGACACUCGCCCGUUAAGGACAGGAGGAUGUGUCGCUGUGUUUACACAGCCAGUGAAACCACUUUAAACGAUUUACACAAAAUGAUUGAAAUGAGUCAUCGAUAUGACUGAGUUGCUGUAGAGCUGAGGGGCUUAUCUUUGUGUGAAGAGAUACUGUAGCUCUUGAUCUUCUUCUUGUGGUCUUUUUGAAAAAAGCUCCCCGACUCAUAUCUUGGAUUCGUAAAGAGAACUGCACACUGACUGUGAAAUGGCUUUUCCUUUUAUUUUUUUUUAAACCAAA